UUUCCCUGUAAUAGGCAAAUAUGCAGAACUGUCAUAUUUCACACUUUUGUUAAUCCAUAUACCUUCUUAGAAAAAAAUUAGAAACAGGUACUGUAUAGAUAUAAACGAGACAAAACAACUGAAAUAUUUCAGGUGCAACCAUAAAAUAAAAGUACAUAGGCACAUAAUUGAAAAAAAAACCAAACAUCUAGAACUAACAUGCAACAGCAAAUCGGGUUUGUUAAGGGGUUUGGAAAUACCAGUCAUUAAAUCACCAAACUGACCAUUUCUGAGAAUAUAAAUUUACGACCUUAGGUAGGACUUUUUAAAUCAUUAUAUUUUUGGAAUUUUGGAACCUUGCUUAGUGAUGGGUUUUUCCGUAAGAUAAUUUAAUAUAUGGGUGCUCAGUAGGAUAAUUCUUUUCGACGGGCACCAGAUUUGGGCAUUAUUUAUUAGCUUAAAUGAAAGAGGUGAGAGUCGUGAGUGUGAAUUCUUUUGAUGUGGACUCAAACAAAUCCUUGAUUCUUUUUUCGUAUUGUAUUUAUGAAUUAUAUUUUUAAAUAAUUAUUUUCACAAUCUAGAUUCCAACAACUCAUAAAAUUUAAACUCGAACUGUCUGAACUGUAUAUAUGUACCUGAAAAAUUUUGUGAAAAAUAUAUGUAUAUCUCCUAAGAGCAUAAAUUCUUGCAAUUUAAAGGAAAAGGAAUGAUUAGUUUUGGAAAGAAAAGUAAUCACUAUUAAUUCAUAUAACCGUUCCUAGAAAAUCUUAAAACAUUUCUUUCACAAAAUAUUCAUUAAUUAGAAGAAAUACAUUCAGGCCCAAAAUCCAAGAAUACAUGUUUCAGACAAAGUGAAUAGACAGAGAUAAUUUCUUUCACCCAAAUUAAGCAACAUAAGUAGUCUGAUCCCUUUUAAGAAUAAUUCUUUCCUAUUGCAGAUUGAUCAUUAUGUACCCUACUUUCUGCAUACAAGUACUUCUAUAUAAAUUGAAAAAAGGCUUUCCUUCAUGUUAGUUCAAUUCUGGUGUUUGAAGGAUACAUGUCAUACGAAACUACUGUUUUUUUUUUCUUUCGUGCCAAAGUGUUUUUUUAAGUUGGCUAUCAAAGUAUAAGUUUUCUAUAUAAGCCUAAAAAGUGCUUUUUGUGAAUUUUUCAAGUGUGCAAAAGUAUUUCAUAAACAAACGAAUUGACAAAAAUUGUGACUUUUCGAUAUAUAUAUAUAUAUAUUUAAAAUGUACUCUAUUGUUAAAACAAUUGAGAAAAAUGGACCAGCUAUUGUGGCCAUACCAUCUAUUUGGGUGAAAGAUGGACAUCUUUAUUGGCCGCGAGAUAACAGAAAUUUGAGAAAGUUAAGGAGGAAACAGGCGGUUCCAGAGGAAACAUGGGAAAAGCUUAAUUGUGAGAUUAAAAAACAUGGCAUUACUACGUGGGAUGAAGCCCUACAUCUCGAAAAAAUGCUAUGCAAAGUCGAAACUGAAAAUGAGGAAGAUGUUUUGACGAGACACACUGAUCAGAAAAAAUCCUUUAUACAAAAAAACUUCGAUUCGUCUAUACGUAACAUCGCAGCCUCAGCAGUUUCAGAAAAUUCUAGCACCUCUAUUGUUUCGGCAAAGAAGUCGCUAAAAAGAAAAUCACCGGAAGAUGAAGCACACGACUCAGUGGAACAUAGAGCAAAACAGUCGAAACUGUCGCAGAAAUCGCAGUUUAGUGUGAAUGGGAAUCUUCAAGACUGCGACACAGAAGACCACAAUCGCAUUAAUUUGGUAUCAAGAGAUUCACACGCAGAAUAUUCUUCUGACAGCACGGAUACAUCUCCGAAGGCACAAAACUCACCAGUGUCUUCGUUUAGCUUCAGCGAUAAGGAAGAAAUCAGUGUCAAAAACGCGAACGACAUAAUUUUGGCCAUUGCAAAUCUAACAAAGGGACAGGCUAGAAUUGAAACUAAGUUGGAUCAUGUGACUACUAUUCUUUUGAGAGACUCUUCUGGAAACAAGCAGCAGAAAAAAGUAACAGAAUGCGUUAGAAAGACAUACUUUCCCAUCAAAAGCUCUAAAGAUCUAUGUGCUCUUGAAGAAAAGCUAAAUGAGAAUGAUUUCAAAGAAAACGUAAUUGAAGAAUUUGGCAAGAUUCAUGGGGCCACAGGAGAAGGAAAGUACAAAAAGAUCGUCUACAAAUUAGUGGACGAUAUGUUUGAUCGUUGUAUUUUUACUUCUUUUUCUUGGAGUGGUAAAUCAAAGAAUAACAGAAAACAGAAUUUCUCCAGCUUAAAAAAUGUAUUCGACACAUUCUACCAAAUUGUCAAUAAUGCAGACAAAGCAUACACGAUUCACCUUAAUUACGAAUAUUUUAAGAGAUUUUUAAAAUACAGCUUCGAGAGAGUUGAGAGGAAUAAUAAGAAAAAAUAGAAUUUAUCAGAAGACAAAAACAAAAAAAAGAUUAUUGGAUCUUUGUAAGGUUGAAAAAAUAUAGAACCAUUUCGUCAAAGAAAUGCUAAUGCUUUGUGAAUUGAAAAAACUAGGUCAUAAGGUUUAAAAAAUAAAAUAAAUAAAUUUCAUCUUGUAACAUUGUCGAUAUUUUUGGAGAUGAAUAAAUUAAUUA